AUGCGCAUCGCCGGGGCGGCAGCAUGCAGCGUGGAACGUGGCGCCUCGCACUGGGGUAUCUCCCGUGAUUCGCUGCACAAGCGCCGCGCCACGGGCGGCAAGCAGAAGCCCUGGCGCAAGAAGCGGAAGUAUGAGCUGGGCCGCCAGCCCGCGAUGACCAAGCUGUCCUCCAACGUGUGCGUGCGCCGCGUGCGCGUGCGUGGCGGCAACUCCAAGUUCCGCGCGUUGCGUCUGGACCACGGCAACUUCUCCUGGGGCUCCGAGGCUGUGACCCGCAAGGUCCGCAUCCUGGAUGUGAGCUACAACGCCUCCAACAACGAGCUGGUGCGCACCCAGACGCUGGUGAAGAGCGCCAUCAUCCAGAUUGACGCCGCGCCCUUCAAGCAGUGGUACCAGCAGCACUACGGCCUGGAGGUGGGGCAGAAGAAGAAGAGCGCCGCCGCCGCCGCCGCCGCCGCCGCCGAGGGCGAGGAGGCCGCCGCGCCGCAGAGCAACCACGUGAAGCGGAAGCUCAAGCAGCGCAACCAGGGCCGCAAGCUGGACCAGCACCUGGACGACCAGUUCGCCACGGGCCGGCUGUACGCCGCCAUCUCCUCGCGCCCGGGCCAGUGCGGCCGCUGCGAUGGCUACAUUCUGGAGGGCCGUGAGCUUGAGUUCUACUUGAAGAAGAUGGCGAAGAAGAAGGGCAAGUCCGCCGCAUAG